AAUCUUUACAUCCAGUCUCCCCCAAUACCAGAAGAAAUGACACGAUUAAAUCUACUGCUUUUCCUAUUUGACCCAAUGGGUAAAGUAACAAAGGACACCAUUCAUGUCAGUGGUACAUCUGAAAUAAAUGACUAGAAAAGAUCAUGCGUGAGGAAACUGCAUGUUCUCUUUGAAGGGGUUACAGAUGGAAUUACAAACAUGGAUAUGGGUGGUAGCUCAUGAAUUUUCUCAAUGAUCAUGCCUACCUUCUUAAUCCAUUUGGGAUUUGCGUAAACGUGUUCUGGCUUUCAGGAAUCAGGAAGCUGUCAUGUUGUCUUUGGUGUUGUACGGAAACGAUUUUGCAUAAUGAGAUUUUUCAGCCAUCUUCCAGCCUCACAUAUUUGAUACUUAACUCAUACUCAUAAUUUGGCCAGAAAGAGAAGGACCACAAGGAUAAUAACUUUUGUCCUGGCUGGUAGGUGAUGUGGGGUCUUACCAUUCAGCCAAGUUAAAAUUUUAUUUUUUUGGAAACUCUUAUGGAACAGACUUCCUACUUCAACCUAUUUUUCUAAGUUCUUACACUGUAAACCGAAGCCUUGUCCUCUGUAUCGUUCCAAUUUUAUCGGAUGUCUCCAAAGAGACCAAAGCCUUGUCCUAUGUGUAAUAUCUAUUUGUAAUCUGUUUACUGAUUCAGUCUCUCAUAUUUUCUUUGAGUGUAAGCAUGCAUUGGAGGUAUGGGAUAAGGUCCAAUUCCAUGUUGGGGUGGGCUUCAUGUUUUUUAACAAAUGGGCGGGCAAAUGGGGUCAUCUGCUACGUAUCAUUGCAAACUCUCUCUGGCACCUUUGGUUUGUUCGGAAUAAUGCCAACAGUGUAUCAAUCUGGAGGAAGAUAGUUGCUGCUACCAAUGACCAGUUCUGUCUAUCCAGGGACUCAAAAUAGAGUUCAUGCGGUUAGAAAAUUUGCGUGUGAGGAGGGUUACCUUCUAGAUUAUGAUGGUUCGUUUUUUUUGUCUUCAGUUUGUGCAGGAACAGGUUAUUCCAUGCUGGAUGGGCAACGAUGGUUGAUGGCUGUGAGAUCUGCAAAAAGUCAGUCUAUGUUCUACACAACUGUUCAUCCUCUGGAAGAUUCAAGUACCAACUCCUACCAAGAGAAUAUUCCAUUGUUUGCAGUCAGUCUAUGUUCUACACACCUGUUCUUCCUCUGGAAGAUUCAAGCACCAACUCCUACCGAGAGAAUGUGAUCAACCUUUUGUUAGAUGGAGAUGUGACUCUCAUAGCCAGUGACUUGUCAGCAGCAGCACAAGCAGCUUGUCAUGUAGUUGCAGAUAUGACCCCAUGCUAGCAGUGAUUGUGAUCCCACUUGACAGGUUGAGUUCUCCAUCACAACUUGUUCUCCAUGGUCUGAAGGCACUGCAGACACAAGCUGAGGUACAUGCAGUUCCAGUGUUCUCAACAACCCAGUUAGAUGUGAUCUGUAUUGACUCUGCUGGCCAAGCAUCUCACUUCUCUUAUUCCUGGAAUACCAAGUGACAGCUUAUCUCAGGUAAAUAUGGUGGGGUCAUAGGGUUUGAUCCGGGAUUCACAUCUUAUCACAUUUUUUUAGUUGGAAUUUUCACAUCUUAUCAAAUUUUGAGUAGGAAUU